CUACGCCGACUAUAUAAGACAUCGCCCAAACCGGCCGCGCGCUAUUACGACAGUGCCUCUGUGAUUUUUCCCGCCGUCAUAUAGUAUUUAAUUCAACAAUAAAGAUGCAAACGUGGUUGGUGGUGGCGUUCGCGGCAGCGCUGGCGUGCGUGGCGCAAGCGCAAAAGCCUGGCCGCUUCCUCUCGCUGCCCGUGCCCGAUAAGUGCGCUAACAGACCAAAGGAAUUCUUCUACCGCGGGCACAACUACUUCUACAGCGGGCACGUGCCCGCGCUGGCCAACAAGAAGAUGGACUGGCUGGACGGGCGCAACCUCUGCCGCGAGUACUGCAUGGACCUCGUCUCGCUCGAGACGCAGGAGGAGAACAACCUCAUCUUUAAGCUUAUACAGCAGAAUGACGUGCCCUACAUUUGGACAUCUGGUCGUCUCUGCGACUUCAAGGGCUGCGAGGGGCGUAAGGAUCUCGAGCCCAAGAACCUCUUCGGCUGGUUCUGGUCCGCCAACCGCGAAAAGAUCACGCCCACCAACAGGAUCCCCAACGGCUGGGGCUACAACCCGUGGUCCCAGACCGGGCACAAGAAGCGGCCGCAGCCCGACAACGCAGAGUUCGACAUCAACCAGACCGCCGAGUCGUGCCUGUCCGUGCUCAACAACGUGUACAACGACGGCAUCGCGUGGCACGACGUGGCGUGCUACCACGAGAAGCCCGUCGUCUGCGAGGACUCCGAGGAACUCCUCAACUACGUCGCCAGCACCAACCCUGGGCUCCGUCUGUGAUCAAACCGCCUUCUAAUAUUUAGUUAUUUAAAUCGGAACAAGCUAACUGUUACCACAAUCACUAAUUUUACUGUGAUCAACACACUAGCCAUAUAUUUUUUUUAGGGACAAACGCAAGUUUACUACUACUCAAAUC